AUAUUUAAAGCCUAAAACCGUGAAUUAAGUACUGUGCCGUAGAUUUCCUGCAUUUUGUAACCUUAAAAUGAAUGUUUAAUGUUGUCGAUAAAAGCCUAGCCUGAAUGAAUGUUAAAAUAUAAUUGUAUUCGAAUGGUUAUUAUAAAGUUAUCGGCAUGAUAUUGAAGUGAUGUACUAUACUCAUUGUAAAUCAGUGUUUUGAUAAAUGAAGUUCGCCCCAAAUUCCACAAUGGCUCACGACCUGAGGUGAUACCCCCCGAGUCUGCGAUGGGUAUCGGUCUUCAUCCCAUGGCCAAGCUCCGAAAGAAUAAGAUUUGGCGCUGGCGAUGCCAGUGGAGUGUGGUGACCCUCGUAGCCAUCGCUCUCGUCGUUUACAACGCCGCAGCCAACGUCUGGAUGCUGCGACCUGCUUCCUGCCCCGUCUACACCACCCAGUCGGUCCAGGAUCCACCCAGCUGCGAACCAUGCACGGAAACAGCAUCCGCCACAGCUAUAGAUGACGACCCUAUCGCCAAGCUUAACCUACGACUCGGCAGGUGGGAUAAAUCGAGGUCCUACAAAAUGUUCGACUACGCAGCUACAGGCGACACGUAUGCAGAAACAUCAGCAAAUUACGACGUGUGUUUAGCCACGCAAACUUCUAUAGAGAGAUUACAUGAGCUGUUGAAGAUCGCUGCUCACUGGACCGGUCCGAUUUCCGUUUCUGUAUAUGUAGCAGGAGACGAAUUGAAGCUUCUGAGAGCCUUCACAUCGUGGUUGAUCAGAUGUAAGCCGGAUGUAGCUAGCCGAAUAGCUUUACACGUCGCUACGCCGGCAGAAAAACCGGCGUACCAUGGCAAAAUGCCCGCUUGGGCUAGAGACUGUGAUGCUCAGCCGCUGCCGCCUUUAGACGGAAGGAUGGAGACCGUUGUGUGGAGAUUGCGGAACCCCUAUCCUCAGAAUCACUUAAGGAAUCUUGCCAGGACGAGUUGUCAGACUCCGUACGUGUUUCUGGUAGAUGUGGACAUAGUACCCUCGAAGGGCAUGGCUGAGUCUUUGGAUAAGUUCUUGAAGACAACUCCGAAGUGUCGUUUGUGCGCGUACGUCGUUCCGACCUAUGAGCUGGACAAGAGAGUGGCCAACUUCCCGGCGAAUAAAACGGAACUUCUGAGGCUGUCGAGAAACAAGCUUGCAAUACCUUUCCAUAGGAAGGUGUUCAUUUAUAAUCAGUACGCUUCGAAUUUUUCUAGAUGGGAACAGAGUGGCGGCAAUGAGAGCUCCAACACUCACAUCAGCCACAACGUGACCAACUUCGAGUUGUUGUACGAGCCGUUCUACGUCGCCCCUGACACGGUGCCCGCUCAUGAUGAGAGGUUCCUGGGCUACGGGUUCACCAGGAACUCACAGGUAUACGAAAUGUUCCUUAUCGGGUACCAGUUCCAAGUCCUGUCUCCGAUAUUCACCAUCCACUGGGGUCUACAGGGGCGCAAGUCCCGCCCUCUGUGGAGGGAGAAGCAGAACGGUAAGAACAGGAAGAACUUCGAGACUUUCAAGCGGGAACUCUUCGCUAGGUACAGGAAGGAUCCUCUCCAUCUUUUGAAGAGGCCUCCGCAGAACAAGAGUAAGACAUAGGCCUCGCAAGGCCGCGCGACUAGUAUUGCCGGCCUAACUGUGAUUUUGAUGACGCUAAGACUUUUCUGACGCACGCUGUAUCAACCUCUAAAUAGUGAACGAAUUGAUAGUAGAGGUGUAAGUGUAAGUGUCAUUACUUUUCUAGUAAGUUAUUAGUAAAUUGUGAGAUGAAUGGCUACAAGAAGGUAAUAAAUCAAGUGAAUUUGAUGACGAAGUACGGAGGUGAAUCUCAAUUUGAUGAUAUUUUCAGUGAAUGAUCAGUUUUACAACUAUAUUAUAAGGAAAUAUUACUCGAAGGGUGUUCUCUUAUGAUCCGCAAUAAGCAGCAACCAUACUUUGUAAUCAACAUUCGAGGCUAAUUAUUAGAAUAAUAUAAUUUUCAAUACUUGACUGACCAGAUAUUAAAUGACCCCAAAACCUGUGGUUUGGAAAUAAGAAUGUUACUUUGUAUCACAACACAAGUCAUCUAUUAUUAGCUAAAAUUAUUACAAUAAACAAAUCUUAGUUCAAUAUUUUAGAUAUAAUUUGAACAAAUAGAAUAUGGUCAGGAUUCUUUUCGUCUAUUAGCACAACAAUUGAAAUUAAAUUUUCUAUUUUAUUCCGUUAGGCAAAUUAAUAAAAAGUGGACAAAGACUCGUUCGCUUCUUUAUCUGGCAUUAAUUUAAUUUUAAAAAAAGGUUAUGAGUAGGAGAGCGAGUCAGUCAGAGAGUCGCUUGGUGACCACGGAUCAUUGUCACAUGAUUCGAAAGGAUGAAAAAAAAACCUGCGCUUUUAAUACCUGUAUUAUUUAACUACACUUAAAUAUCAAUCAUUUAUUAGAUUAAAAAUAUCUAUUUCAUACAAAUGGUUCUGACACGGGCAUAUAAUGGGUUAAACACAAGAUUUUAUAAUUCUCUAGCCAUUUGUAUUGUCUGCUCCAAAAUGUAAUUUCAAAUUAGAACAGAUGAUACAACCAAGCUAAAAAUUUUUCCAUAUUUUUGGUCGUAAAAGGGUUUAUAUAGGCCUAUUAUUUCACUAUGAUGAUAUGAAUAGCUUAUUAUAAUGCAAAAAAAUAAGAUUGUCUAUGAUAAAGCUUACGUUACUUUUUUAAUAGUGAAAUAUUUUUGUUUGUAGGUAUGUUAUUUUUUAUUUCAUUGUAUAUGUGUAAGUCGUUAGAUAAAAUGUAUGAUCACAAAAUUAGUAGUAGAAGUACAAUUUUACAAAAUCAGACAAACGCGUCAAUGUUAGGGAUGACUGAAUAUUUUAUUCACACUCGGCUUUAUAAUUCAUUUUCAGUCACUGUCGUUUUGUUUAAAAAUUAAAAGUGUAUGUAUAUAGCUUUGGUCACCAAAUCACAAAUAGGGAAUUUAAGAGCUUAAUAAAGAUAUUUAUUAAUAGUUAUUAGGUUUAUAAUAAUGAAUGUAUUGAUAAAGUGUAUAAUUCUAAACAUAUUAAAUUUAGCUUACUAGGUACGCAUCUAAUUUUUGUUAAGUUGUUUGUGCUGAUUUGUAUUUUUUUUUAUUGCCUGAUUACUAAUUUUUUUAUUCAAUUUAAAACCAUCAAAGCGGGGCGUUAUGUUUUUGUAACGAAAUUACUUUUUUUUUGUUAAUGAUAUAUUUUUGGUUGAAAUGUUAUCCAUUUCGUGAUAAGUCAGGUUAUUACUCCAGAAAAUUGCAUCUAAUCCCCGCAAUUUUUCAAGGAAAGUUAAAUCAUACCUGGUCAGAGUUAAUUUUAUUAACGUUUAAUUUAAAAGUACCUAUUCUGAAUACCAUUAAGUAUUAAUUCAAGGAUCGACGACAUGAAAUAUCGUGACCUAAACUAGUCAAAUAUUGCUUGUUGUAAGUGAUUUUUUGUUACAAAGAAUAAUGAUCAUGUAGUUUACAUAUACUUAUUAUAGUUGUAAAUAGAAAUCUAAGUUAAAUUUAAAAAUACAAAGUAUAUAUAGGUUCAUAACUUUUUACAAGACACUGUUUCAAAUU